UACUUCGUGGCCAAUGAAUUUGUUCAACAGGAAAAUAUGUAGUUCAAGACCUCCUAUGUGGAGCUUCUGUUGAGACAGUAGGCCAGAGGAAUCCUCUGGAGUUGUCGGUCAUCAACAGUUGUGUGGAAUACGUAACCGAAAAUUCAGAUGUUAUCCUUCUAUUUGUUUAAUGUGACCAACACGUCGUCGUUCGAGUGGUCGUCCUGCGUGCUCUCAUACAUUUGAACCUUCGAUAUAUAAAAUACAACCAUGCUCCUUCUUCUCAAACCUCUAUCCAGAAUCAUGCUCUGCCCUCACGCAUCCUCUGCAACUUUCACGGCCACUAUCUUCGCCUUUUUCCUGUUUCUCUUCUUUCUAUUAUGGAUACUAAGAAGAUCCCAAAAAUCUGCUCGGAAGAAAACACUUCCACCGGAAGCUGGUGGCGCGUGGCCUGUGAUUGGCCACCUCCACCGAUUAGGAGGGGCAAAACCAGCCCAUAUAACAUUGGGUAACAUGGCCGACAAGUACGGAUCAAUUUUCACCAUCUGGCUAGGAGUACAUCGAGCUGUGGUAGUCAGCAGUUGGGAGGUAGCUAAAGAGUGCUUCACCACCAACGACAAAGCCUUUGCCAGCCGUCCAAAAGCUAUAGCUACAGAGCUCAUGGGCUACAACUACGCCAUGGUUGCGUUCGCCCCUUACGGCCCUUACUGGCGCCACGUGCGUAAAAUAGCCACCCUCGAAGUCCUCUCAAACCACCGCCUUGAGAUGCUCAAACACAUCCGGGAGUCCGAGGUAAAUACGUCUGUAAAAGAGAUGUACGAGCUCUGUGUCAAAAACAGAGACAUGUUUGUGGAGAUGAAGAGAUGGUUUGGCUGCACAACCUUAAACGUUGUGCUUAGGAUGGUUGUUGGGAAGCGAUUUGAUCAUGGGGCUGCAGACGAGGAUGAGGAUGAAGGUAACCGUCGGUGCCAGAAAGCAUUGAGAGAUUUCUUUGAGUUGAUGGGCACGUUUGUGGCUGCGGAUGCACUUCCGUAUCUUAGGUGGUUGGACUUGGGAGGCUACGAGAAGGCCAUGAAACGAACUGCAAAAGACUUGGAUCAAGCGCUUAAUGGGUGGCUAGAAGAACAUAAGCAAAGAAAAGUUUCUGGUGAUCAAGCUAAUAAGGAACACCAAGACUUUAUGGAUGUGAUGUUGUCUACCGUUACCGACGACGACCAAGAGAUCUCCAACUAUGAUGCUGAUACAAUCACUAAAGCUACAUGUCUAGCACUUAUCUUAGGAGGAACGGAUACAACAACAGUGACAUUGACAUGGGCUCUCUCUCUCCUCCUUAACAAUCGAGAAGCUCUAAAGAAAGCAAAAGAAGAAUUAGAUGUUCAAAUUGGCAGGGAAAGGCAAGUGAAGGAAUCAGACAUGAAAAAUUUGGUCUAUCUCCAAGCUAUUCUCAAAGAAACAAUGCGUUUAUACCCUGCUGGACCGCUCUCUGUUCCGCACGAGUCCAUGGAAGACUGCACUUUGGCUAGCUACCACAUCCCAGCAGGCACGCGACUCCUUGUUAAUAUUUCGAAGAUCCAUCGAGACCCACAAGUUUGGUCUGAUCCAAAUGAAUUUCGGCCGGAAAGAUUCCUUACAACUCAUAUGGGUGUUGAUGUACGGGGUCAGUAUUUCGAAUUUAUACCAUUCGGCACCGGUAGAAGAAUGUGCCCGGGAAUCUCAUUUGCAUUGCAAGUUAUGCAACUCACACUUGCCACCUUGUUGCACAGUUUUGAAAUUGCAAACCCAUCAGAUGAAGCUGUGGACAUGACCGAGACAGUCGGACUUACCAACCUGAAAGCCACCCCACUCCAAGUCCAUCUCACUCCAUGCCUUCCUGCUCAAAUAUAUGCAUAAUUUUAUUAGAUAUUUGAUUGUAAAAUGCCAACUACACGACUUCACAAUAAGAGUGUACAAUGACUUUUGUUUUUAAUUUUUUUGAGUGUGCUUAUGGGGCUUGCAUAAGAGUUCAAAAAAUAAAGUAGGUAUAUCCACAGUAACAUUAUGGAAAUUGUACAUUUA